UGGCUAUUUCUUACUCAACCCAAGCCGUAAUAUACCUUCCCUCUCAAACACUGCCCGGUUUUAACCCGUUUAAUCAAGAAAGCACCGGCCGGUCGACGGCCCAAUAAAUACCGCUCAAAGCAAUCACGCACUUCUCCUCUGGCCAUCUUAUCAUCGGGAGAUGCAAUUGGAGGUCGGCCCUAGCUCUCGCUCUCCCUCGCGGGAGGGGAGGGAGGAGGGGGCGAUCGGAGGGGACGAGACCCCGACCUCCUCCACCUCCUCCUCGGCGGCGGCGGCGGAGGACGCGAAUCUCGAGAGGCCGCUCCUCCUCAGGACUCCGCAGCGCGCCGCCUCCGACGGAGCGGCCGGCGCCGCCGCCGCGGCGGGGGGCGGCGGCGUGCGGAGGAGGGCGGUGAGCGAGCCAUGCUUGCCGGCGCGCGCCGAACGCAGCCGCUCCUUCGGCCGCGACGUCGGCCACGCCGCCGCCGAGACCUUCCUCCUCACCCGGCUCGCCCUCAUCCUCCUCCGCUAUCUAGGUAUAGGCUAUAGGUGGAUCACAAAGUUUCUCGCCCUUUGCUGUUAUGCCAUGCUACUUAUGCCAGGUUUCGUCCAAAUUGGAUAUUAUUACUUCUUCUCACGACAAGUCCGUAGGAGUAUAGUUUAUGGAGAACAGCCAAGGAACAGGUUGGAUUUGUAUUUACCUACCAAUAUGAAUGGUCUACAACCUGUUGUGGCAUUUGUGACUGGUGGAGCAUGGAUCAUAGGCUAUAAAGCUUGGGGUGCUCUUUUAGGCAGACGAUUGGCAGAGAGAGGCGUGAUAGUUGCAUGCAUAGAUUACAGAAAUUUUCCUCAAGGGACAAUUAGUGACAUGGUAGAAGAUGCUUCCCAGGGAAUCUCAUUUGUGUGCAACAACAUUACUAGUUAUGGAGGUGAUGCUAACAGGAUCUACCUCGUUGGGCAAUCUGCUGGUGCACAUAUUGCUGCUUGUGCUCUUCUGAACCAAGCAAUUAAAGAAUGUGGAGAAGGAGAGAGUUCUUCUUGGAGUGUCUCUCAGAUAAAAGCAUACUUUGGUAUAUCUGGCGGGUACAAUAUUGUAAACUUGGUUGAUCACUUUCAUGCACGAGGUUUGUACCGCUCCAUUUUUCUCAGCAUAAUGGAAGGAGAGCAAUCAUUGCGGCGUUUUUCUCCUGAAGUAGUUGUGCGGGACCCAAGUGCCAGGCAUGCAGUUUCUCUAUUGCCACACAUUGUCCUUUUCCAUGGUACAAGUGACUGCUCUAUACCUUCAAGUGCCAGUAAGGCUUUUGCUGAUGCCCUUCGUAGUAAUGGUGGCAAAGUUGAUCUAGUUCUCUUUGAAGGAAAAACUCACACGGAUUUGUUUAUUCAGGAUCCUCUUAGAGGUGGUAGAGAUGAGCUGCUCGAAGAUAUAGUUGCAAUGAUUAAUUCUGAUGAUGAUGAUGCAUCUACACAUGCUAACGAUGUCAUAGCGGGUUCUCCUGCACGGCGCCUUGUUCCAGAAUUCAUGCUAAAACUUGCUCGCAGAAUUAGCCCUUUCUGAAGCGUCUUUAUUCGAAUUUCGAGUGAGGCCUCCUCCUGCAAUUCCUACUGCAGCAGUUGGAGUUAAGUAUAUCAAGCCAAAUUCAAUGCAAGCAGUUACAAUUGCAAUGCAGUUGUAAUUGCGUGCUACUAAACGGCCCCCUAGUGUACGCGCACAUCCAUUCACAACGCUGUCUCUGCCUUUCUUCCGACCUAAUAGAUUAAAUCCAACUGUCCAAUUUUUAAAUUGAGAAAACACUAACUAAUUGAGUUGUGACAAUUGGAGUGUAAGAUUGGAUGGACUAUGAACGGCAUUGCAGUGCACUGAUGUGCAGCUGUACAGCCUACAAUGGGUGCGGGCAAUAAGUAUUUGAUCUAAAUAUAGGGUAAAAUGUAGGACAGUCCCUGUAUUAUUCUGAUAUUACAACUUGUCCUUAUAUGUUUCGCUUUAAUGCUUUAUUCUCGAAAAAUUCACAUAUAUUACACUUCAGUUCUUGCUGUAAAUAAAAAAAA